AUGGACCAGGUGUCGUCGGCCUUGCGGGUAUUUGAGGUUGAAGUCAUAUCGCAUAUGAGGGUUAUAGGGAGCCAGGUAGAUGACAACAAGGCCACUUCUAUUCAUAGACAGCUGGUAUUUGAUGGCCCUUACCACUUGGCCGUAGUGUUCUUGACGGAGGCUAGCCCGGAUGGAGGGUGGUGGAUAAGCUCGGAGGACAGCGAAGGAGGUGCAGGGCUGGCACCGGAGAAAGUCUUCCUUCGGUACCACAUCAAGGCCCUGACCAAGCUCGCAAACAAUGCCAGAUCUGCGAGACUUUUCAUGUUGAGUUGCGGAACCAAUCUGUUCGCCGCGUCUUGCCUUGAGAGUAUCUACGAGACCGUAGGAAGUCGUCCAUGGCAUUCGAUUAUAUUACCAAGUACGCCUGCAUUGAUAGCGCAAGAGGUGGCCGAUAUUCUACCGGAUAUGUUUGUCCAUCUGUAUUAUUUUGGUGCAAGCUUCAAGAGCUCCCUGCUUCGCGUCUGGGCAAAACUCGUAACAACACGGAUUCACACGGGUUUUGUUCUCAUGGACAGACCGCGUUUUGAGGAUCGGCUGUCUGUUUCGAAACUCGAGUACGCCGCACACUCGAUCAGGCCGUUUGGUGUCCCUCUGCCAAUACCAGAGUCUCUGUGCGGCUGUUGGGGCAAAAAUGCGGAUUGGAAGCUUCGCUAUUCAUCCACUAAUUACGGCGAGUGCUUUUACUAUUUCCGCAGCUCUUGUUGCGCACACAAGCUUCACGUUGCAAUUUUCACGGACCAACGCAAGACGCGUAAAGUCCAUGGGACCGUGAUAAUGGAAGAGGAAUGGGACUUAUCAAAAAAGGACUUUAGGUUUGACCCUGCUCGCAUGGUUCGUAUGGUGCAAUCGCCGGAAAGGCAUGGAGGCAAAGAGAUACAAAGACCACGUCAUGAAGCACCUUGGACACAGGCUGGACAGGAAGCCAGGGAGGCAACGACUUCCGAUGUGGCAGGAUCCAUAGUCUGA